AGCUGGGAGGCUUUCUCCACAUUCAUCCGAGUUUAAGGGAGAAAAGGGGGAGUUUCUGUUUCCUCUGUUAGCUAAUGUGACACCGAGAGAUGACUGGGUGAAAGUGAGAGGCUAAACCGGGUGGGAGGUCUGGGUUCUUCUCCUUCAGAUGAGUCUAGGUUGGUACCGACAACACCAGAGUUUUUUUACGCAUCUAUUUAAGCUGGACUGCCUCUGCGACCCGUGCUGCCUUCAGGGACUGACAAUGAGGAUUGUAUGAUUGACAACCAGUCCAAUCUGGGGUAUAUAUAUAUCUGUGAACACAAACCUACAUUAUUAUUAUUAUAAUUAUUAUUCUCCUGGACGAACAACAUGUCUGUACGCACAGCUCUGCCUGGGACCGAGCGGAACCCGGACCAUCAUACCUCCCUGUCGGCCAGCCGCUCGGAGAAGGGCACCGGCUGGUCGAGCCGCUCGCUCGGAGCCCGAUGCCGCAACUCCAUCGCCUUGUGCUCGGACGAGCAGCCGCACAUCGGAAACUACCGGCUGCUCAAAACCAUCGGCAAGGGCAACUUCGCCAAGGUCAAGCUGGCACGACACAUACUGACCGGCAAAGAGGUUGCAAUAAAGAUCAUCGAUAAAACACAGCUCAACCCGACCAGCCUACAGAAGCUGUUUCGAGAGGUACGCAUCAUGAAAACUCUCAACCAUCCCAACAUCGUGCAGCUGUUUGAGGUGAUUGAGACUGAGAAGACUCUCUACCUGAUUAUGGAGUACGCCAGCGGAGGCGAAGUGUUCGACUACCUCGUGGCUCACGGCAGAAUGAAGGAGAAAGAGGCCAGAGCCAAGUUCAGACAGAUUGUCUCGGCGGUGCACUACUGUCACCUGAAGAACAUUGUUCACAGAGACUUGAAGGCGGAGAACUUGCUACUAGACGCCGACUCCAACAUCAAAAUAGCCGACUUUGGCUUCAGCAACGAGUUCACUGCGGGCAGUAAACUGGACACGUUCUGCGGCUCCCCACCCUACGCCGCCCCAGAGCUCUUCCAGGGGAAGAAGUACGACGGUCCGGAGGUGGACAUCUGGAGCCUGGGAGUCAUCUUGUACACACUGGUCAGCGGGUCCCUGCCCUUUGACGGACAGAACUUAAAGGAGCUGCGGGAGCGUGUCUUGAGGGGGAAAUAUCGCGUCCCCUUCUACAUGUCCACAGACUGCGAGGGAAUCCUGCGCCGCUUCCUUGUCCUCAAUCCUGCAAAGCGCUGCUCCCUGGAGCAAAUAAUGAAAGAUAAGUGGAUCAAUAUCGGCUAUGACGGCGAGGAUCUGAAGCCCCACACAGAGCCUGUCGAGGACUUGAACAAUACCAGCCGCAUUGAAGUGAUGGUUGGGAUGGGAUUCACCAGAGAUGAGAUCAGAGACUCACUGUCUAGUCAGAAGUACAAUGAGGUCACUGCCACAUACCUGCUGCUGGGACGCAAGAACGAGGCGGACGGCAGUGAGUCUCGCUCCGGCAGCAGUCUGAGUCUGGCUCGUGUCCGACCCAGCACCAUCACCAACGGAACAAGCAAACACACUGCUUCCUCCUCCUCCACCUCCUCCGGCGGGCCUCCUUCCUCCACCGGCCACAAGGCACAGCGCAGCGCCUCCACCUACCACCGCCAGAGACGACACUCUGACUUCUGUGGUCCAGCAGUUCCAGGGUCCACACACCCCAAGCGGAGCCCCAGUGGGGUAGGCGAAGGGGCGGGGCUUAAGGAGGAGCGGCUGUCGAGCCGCAAGCCGAGCACCAGCACUGUUGGCUCCCGUAGCAUCCCGACGCCCUCCAGUCCCAUGGUUAGCUCUGCCCACAACCCAAACAAGGCAGAGAUACCCGACCGGCGCAAGGAGGCUAACGUGACCACAAAUAACGUACCUGCCAGUGCCAUGACUCGAAGAAACACGUACGUGUGUACGGACCGGUCCAGCACUGAGAGACACUCACUGCUGCAAAAUGGCAAGGAAAACAGUUCCAUAUCCCACCGGCUGCCCCCGGCCUCCCCCUCCACCCACAGCAUCGCCGGUGCCUCUGGGGCCUCCUCCUCGUCCUCCACGCCCUCCUCCCGCCUCUCCAGGGGAUCCACGGUGAGGAGCACUUUCCAUGGGGGGCAGAUUCGAGACCGCCGCCCCCCCUCCCAUGCUCCCCCGGCCUCCCCGACGCUGUCCCACGAUGCCAGCCCGUUGCCACACGCCAGGACCCGGACCACCACCAACCUGCUAAGCAAACUCACCUCCAAGUUGACCCGCAGGGUCACAGACGAACCUGAGAGAAUCAGCAGAUCUCCGGUCACAAGUCGCCAUCUAUCUGGGCAUCAGAAAGCGGUCGAGCCGGACCCCCGAUCCGGCUGGGAUGUGAGGGUGCGGAGCCCCCGCGACCCGGCCGAGGUGGUGCUAGCGCUGCGCGAGGCGGCGCAGGGCUGCGGCUGCCAGGUCCACCUGGCCGGGCCUUUCCUCCUGUCCUGCACCCACGGAGCGGCCGGCGCCCGCGUCGCCUUCGAGGCAGAGGUCUGCCAGCUGCCCAGCGGGCUGGGCCAGAGCAGCGGUGUGAGGUUCAAGCGCUUGUGGGGGGCGCCGUUGGCCUUUAGAGACAUCGCCACCAAAGUGUCCAAGGAGCUGGAGCUCUGAGGGCAACAGGGGGCGGGGCAGAAUGAAAACCCACAGGACAGGUUGAUGAAUGAGGAGGAGGAGGAACAAUGAGGAAGAAACCACUGCCUCCUCCUCUUCCUCCCCUGGGCUCCACCUCAUUCCGAUGCGGCUAGCGAUGCCUCGUCUCCGCCAAAGACCCUCUUUUUCUGAUGCCACCAAUCACAGCCAGAACAAGUGGACGCACAGACAGGGAUGGACCGCCGUCGGCAGACUGGAUGAUGACCCUUGACCUUGGAGCUGUCAGUGACCUACGACCCCUGCUUGAAACGCACCACCACCUCCAUAUUAUGUGAGCCCAUUGAGUCAGGUUGUUUUUAUUUUACCUUUUUUUUUUUCAUGUUUGAUGAUAAGAAUGAUAUUGCUGAGAAUGUUGGAGAUCGAUGAUUUGCUGUUGUUGUUGUUGUUGUUGACAUUGUUAUUCCUAAUGUAUCAUAUUUGUUGUCAUCAUUCCUUUUUAAAGAGCUGCUAUUUAAAGAAAUGUUUUGAUUUUUUGUUUAUGGAGUUUAUUUUACUCUUUAAUGCUUUUAAAAAUGGGUCUGAGAAUGACACCUGUUGUCAUCCUCUGAAGCAGACGUCACAUAUUUCAGAAGUGAGGUCGCAGUCUGACCUCCGGCCUCUAGAGGGAGACAUGCAGAAAUGCAGAGACUUGAGACAGACUGAAUGGAGCAUUGCAGCCUUUCUGCCCAUCCACCCAUAACGGCCAUCUACUGCUCAGCUGGGAAUUGAUGUUUGUUUGUAACAUUUCUGGUAAAACGUUGCCUCUCUGCCUGCUGUCCAUACUGAAUUCUCUGCUGUGUAUUGAUAGCUUGCAGCUGAGAAGCUUAAGGAGGAGGAAAGCUGUCUGAUAAUGCAGGACCCAGCUGAUGUGUUGUACUUGAUAACCUGAUCAUUUGAGAUAUUUCUCUGCUCCUUACAUAUACUCUAUUUCGCCCCAAUAUUUGUCCCAUGCUACCCUUUAUUACCAAGCAAAAGUCCUCUCAAUUUUUAAGAUUUUGUUGUUUUAAAGUGCAUAGUAAAAAACGCGAUCCGCAAGAGGAAGCGUGGUUUGAGUUUUUGUAACACAGCAGCAUGACUCAGCUGGAUUUUCUGACCUGAAGGUGGAUGUACGCAGAAAAAAUAUUUUCCAAUCAGCAGGUUAAGUUUAUUUAGAUUCGAAAAACUUGCUUUGUCAGCCAAUCAGAAUGCCUUAUUCUGAAACCAAUAGGAGCUGUUUAAAAUAAUUUUCAAUAAAAUAUAAUCAGUUUAACAUUAAACAAAACUACAUGUUUUACCAAUGACAAAAUGAAGCACAUAUCGUAUGUGAUCACUGAUUCCCUGGACAACUAAUAAGAUUAAUUAUGUGCCCAAAAUGUUAAAAAAUAAAUUGAAGGUCUUAAGAAAUUAGACAAAUUGACUGUUGUAUUAAUUACUGGUUAAAUACAGUAGUAUGACUUUCUUUCAACUAGUUCCAGUUUUUAUCUGAUUUCAAACGUUAUGAUACAAAAAAAGAAUACAAAUCUUCGCACCUUUUUCCUGCGAGGCUGCAGACAUAGUUCAGUAACCCGAUCCAACAUAAAGCUAAGCAUAAGUAUCCACAGAUUUGAACCCCACCUAAGGACGUGUAUGUUUUAAUAGAUCACCUUAUUUUUAUAAUUUUAUCUCUUCUUCAAAAAACACUUUUCCCACACACAUGAUAAUAGCUCAUACUGGUUUGGAGUUAAUGGAGGAGAUGGGGCUUUUACUGGUAGCACUCAAUAAUACCAGUCUGUCAGCACGCCACCGCCAUCGCUUCGCCUCAAAUGUAGUGCAAUACAGCCCCAAAGCCAAGAAUCUAGACUUGAAUAAGCAUAGACUCAAUAGGGCGCCUUGUUUGAUUUACUUUAUUUUUAUUUUUUAUAAUGCUGAUAUGUUCUUAAAAUUCAUUGGGCACUUUUUUUUCUCCUUUUUAGCCAGGAAUUAAUUGUACUGUACUGGCAGUUUUUUUAAUUAAUCUGUAUUUUUCUUUUGUAAAUUGUUAUAAAAUAACUCUGUCUCACACAUUUAAAGCUCACUGAAGUGAAUAAUUCGCAUUCUGAAUGCCCAUUUCUUCUUUACUUGCAUGUACCUCUUGGCAUCGUUCACUCCCCUCAGUGAAACGGGGGCUUCAGGUGUCCAAAGUUAUAUUCAAGUUACUACAAGGAACUUUCAUUCUGUGAUCAUUUUGGCGGCCCCUGUGAACAAAAGUGUUGAGAACUACCUCUUCAUGUUGUAAAGAUCCUCAGCUGCCAGAGUCCCUUUAGAAAACCUCAUUUUCUGCAGCAGUGGCUCUGACAGUCUGCCCUGUGCGGUCCUGGUUCUGGUUCCUCAGUGCCUUCCUUCCCUCCAGCAAGCCCAGCAAUACAGCCUGGGUCUCCAGCUGCGUGUUGUCGGUGUUGGCUCCCAGGAAGUGGGCUUUGAGUUUCAGGUCCUGCAGCUUAAGAGGAUAAUAAUAUAAGAAUAUCCACCCUCACUAUAUAGAAAUAGCCAAUCUUCCCACUGCUGGUCUUGUUUACUUAUAUAGGUCAUAUAGAGGCAUCAGUAUCGGUUAACAGUCUCAACCAGUUUAAAGUUCCUUGUAGUAACUAUAAAGAAUCUGGGAUCGGAACAUUCAAAAUGUCAACCUGUCUACGUGACAUUAAGUCAGUUUUAACAGUUUUCUUUCAUCCAAUAUUACAUUAUUUUGAGUUUUUAACCUCAGCAACACUUUUGAUACUUAAACUGUAGACAUUUCCCUCCGUCGACCAACCAGGCUGCAGCACUGCUGAGACGGGUUUGACUGUUGACCAAUCAGAUUCCAGUAUUACUGUAAGAGGUGUACGACUGUUACCUGAUCAGACCCCUGAUUCAUUAAGUGACUGUACAACUUAAAACUUGCGACGUAAUGAGGGAGUGGUUUAGGAUGAGACAUUGAAUGACGAUUGAGACAUUUUCUUUUAUAAAAACACUUUGAUGAUCAUUGCAGAAUAAAGCUACCAAGAUUUGAGAGAAAUACACACGGUUUGCCAAAUUGAUCAUAUAUUGACUAAGACUAUGACCAAAUUCAAAGGUGGUUGUACUUGUAUUGUAACUAUACAGUCAAGCAAUUAGAAACUUGUACUUUUAAAGUAUGCAGCAUAUAGCAGAACACUAAUACGUAAAAGGAAAAGUUUAAUGAUACAGCGGAUUGUUGAUCUUUACAGCUGUAAAGUCUACAGGAAUGUAUCUGUUAAAUGGGAGAUUUCAGCCGCAGCAGGUAUCCACCACUGUCAGAAAAUGUGGAGCUGUGACUUAGGGCUAUUUUUGCAACAAAAAAAAAAUUCUGUGCGUGUGUGUGUGUGUUCAACUUGGCCUCACUCUCCGAACCUGUUCUGUAGAUACAGCUAGGGCCAUGCUUUAAGGCUACAGUUCUGUUGUAUAGUGUGUUUGAAGCCGUCGCUGUUAUCAAGAAAACGUAAUUUAUGGGCUUAAAUUACGGAAAAUGAUCGACCUGCAAUCCUGCAUGUCUCCUAGGAAAUAAUGUGUGACACAAAAAUAAAGACUUCAACCUCUUCCA